CGUAAACAAGAAAAGAUAAAAAAUACCUCGAGUGAAGGAGCUGUGGUGUGUUCUUUCGUAACAAUAAUAACCAGUCUACAUCAUGAACGCGCUGGCAAAACUAAAAUCCGUCACACCCACCGUAAAUCAAAUUGUCCGCACGUACGCAUUGAAAUCGGAUCUGAAAAUCAAAUGGGUCCGGCCGGAGAAGAUCCCGUGCUACAAGCCGGAAAAGUCGGGUGAUUUGCAGUCACUGCCAAAAUUUGCCGGCACCGAACUGAUGAAGGAUUACCGCGAGUCGAAGGAGCUGGAGUCGGCAAACGAGCAUGUUCGGAACCUGUUCACCUUGGAGCACAAUCGGCGCCGGGAGAUGGUAGCAAAUUUUAAAGAUGCCAUGGUGCGAAAAGUUUACCGACACGAUCUCGAUUAUGGUUCCAUGGAGGCAAAACUGGGCCUUAUGACGGCAAGGAUACGCAGCUUGCAAGAGUUCAUGGAACAGUUCCCGCGUCAGUCGGUGGUAAAGGUACAACUAAAGGAACUGAUUGACAAGCGCAAGCGGUACCUGCGUUAUCUACGGCGCUGGGAUUAUCGUCGAUUCGAGUACAUGUUGGAAAAACUAGAUCUUGUUUACAAACCAUACCCUACGCAUUUCCACUGGAUCACCCGUAAAGAUUCGUUACGCAAACUGACCAACAUCCACUGCGAACAGAUCAAAGAGACUCGUCUGGAAGAGUACCGCAAGCAGCUGGAAUCGGAGCAGUUAGACUUUCUGGAAAAGAAGCUGAAGACGCUGGAAUUUAUCCGCAAGGAGCAGACCGAGUGCCAGGUACCGGUGACGGUGACGAAAGAGGACAUCCAAACCGUGCGCAAACGGUACGAUGAGCUGAAGCAAAAGCGAACAGCAAUGGCAGAAAGCUUAAAAGAGUCGCAAGAAUCAUAAACCACGCAGUUUGAAUGAAGAGUGGGAGUGGUGUUCCCAUGUUCUUUUUCGUUCAUUUUAUUGUAUAAAAAUACAUUAAUACGAAUAAAGUUAAUAGACUUGAGCUAGAGCGAAUGUAUAAAAAACACAAAAACAAAC